AAACACAAUAGUCAAGAAUAGUAGAAAAAACGGUCCCGCUCACUCGCAUAAAUUCACUACCUCUCUUUCAAAUAGAAUCCAUUCUUUUCCCUUCAUUUCAACAAUCACUACUACCUGUCUACCUUCUCGUCUCCAAUUUUCUCUCUCCUCAAAAAAUGGCGGAUGAUUUCCAGAAAUCAGUACAACUCGGCUUGAAGCUCUCAAAGCGCUUAUUCUACGGCAAAGACCCGUCGAUGAAGCCGCCGCAACCUCCGCUGUCGAUGGAUAAGUCGUCGUCGGAAGAUCAAUUUCUCCCGACGUCUCCGAUGGUUUACGCGGUGGUUUCUAACCCUGCGGUGAUCGAUAAUCCCGACAUUAGGAGCUAUCAGCCGUACGUUCAUGGCCGCUGUAAACCUCCGGCGUUAAUUCCGCUUCAUAUGUACGGAAUUGAAGUUGAAGUUGAUUGCUAUUUGGAUACGGCGUUUGUUAGUAUGACUGGAACUUGGCGGUUACACUGUGUUGAUGGAAAUAAGAAGUGUGAUUGUCAACUCGCUAUUCCCAUGGGGGAGCAGGGUUCAGUUCUAGGUUUUGAAAUCGAGGCUACUGGAGGUUCGUAUCUUUCUCAGUUAGUCAAAGUAGAAGAUGCAGCAGAUUUGAAUGGACCAUACAAAGAUGAAUAUGGAGGCUUCCUGAAGCCCAAUGUUUUCACUUUGAAGAUCCCUAAGGUGGAAGGAGGAUCUAAGAUUUUGGUGAAAGCAAGGUGGUACCAGAGGUUAUUAUACGAGAAUGGUUGGUUCGUGCUGAAUUUGCCAUUUAGUUUUCCAUUGUAUGUCACUCCAGGUGGGAAAUUUACAAAAAAGCAGAAGAUACUUUUGAAUGUCAAUUCUGGUACUAGUGCGGAAGUUCAGUGCAAAGCUGCCACUCACCCGUUGAAGGUACUGAAGCGUCAGGUUGGCAAAUUUGGUUUCUUGUAUGAAGAAAAAGUCGAUACCUGGUCACAGACAGACUUUGAAUUUUCAUAUUCAGUCCUUUCCAGUGAUAUACAUGGUGGAUUUCUUUUGCAUUCUCCUUCUUCAAAUGAUAUUGAUCAAAGGGAAAUGUUUUCCUUUUAUCUGUUCCCUGGAGAAGCCCAAAAUAGAGAGGUCUUUAGGAAGAGAGUAGUAUUCCUUGUUGAUAUAAGUGGUAGCAUGAAAGGAGCUCCUAUUGAAAAUGUCAAGAAAGAAAUCAUGGCAUUCCUGUCAAAGUUAAAUGAAGACGAUCUCUUCAACAUCAUAGCUUUUAAUGGGAAUAGUCACUCAUUUUCUUCAUCAAUGGAACUGGCAACCCAUGGAGCAUUACAACAAGUCAGUGAGUGGAUCAAUAUUAAGUUAAUUCCAGAGGGAGACACAAACAUUCUGCUUCCUAUGAAGCAGGCUCUAAAAAUGGUGUCACAUGAAAGCAACUCAAUGGCUCAUAUAUUUCUUAUUACUGAUGGCGCUGUAGAAAAUGAAAGAGAUAUUUGCAAUGUUGUGCAAGAUUCUUGUGGAUCAAAAGGAAAAUUACCUUUUCUUCGAAUUUCUACCUUUGGAAUAGGAUCAUAUUGUAAUCACUACUUCCUACGAAUGUUGGCACAAAUAGCUAAAGGCCAUUAUGACGCUGCUUAUGAUGCUGAAUCUAUUGCUGCUCGACUGCAGAGGCUUUUCACAAUGUCUUCACAAGUAAUUCUUUCAAAUGUUGAAGUUGAUGCCUUAAGCCAUGAUCAGUUACCCACGUUAUAUCCGUCUACGAUUCAAGACCUUUCACGUGGAUCUCCAAUAAUUAUAUCAGGAAGAUACGAAGGUAAGCUACCAGAGUCUCUUACGGUUCGUGGCACCUUGGCAGAUAUGAGUAACUUUGUGACAGACCUCAAAAUAAGGAAGGAAAAAGAUAUACCUUUACACAAGGUAUUUGCAAAGGCACAGAUUGAUGCACUAACUGCAAAAGCAUGGUUUACGGAAAGCAAGGAAGUGCAGAAGCAGGUUGCAGAGAUUAGUAUGCAAACAGGAGUCCCAUCUGAAUACACUCGUAUGAUUCUUUUCCAGACAGAUGAGUGGAAUCAAGGACUAGAUGCUAUCACAAUACAAGGGAAGGAAGCAUAUGACAAGAGUAGUCUGCAGAAGAUGAUAAAAAGUCAGAAAAUAAUACUAUUGCAGAUUUUGGGCGUUGGCUUUGGGGAUUUGGAAAAAACUGGUGAAAAUUUGCCUCCAGGAGUGAUAAUAAAAGUACCUGAUGCAGCGGAGUUUAUAGUUAACGCAGCUACUGGCUACUGUGGCAAGCUGCUUGAUCGGUUCUGUUGCAUGUGUUUUAUACGGGCAAUGUCUACGUUGAGUGAUCGGUGUGUAAUUACCUUCUCACAGAUAUGUGCUGCUCUCGCAUGUUUUCAGUGCCUCGAUUGUUGCUAUGAUCUCUGCGACAGUUGUUGCUAGCUCUAGACCAAAUUAAGCAUAAUGUAUGUGUAACAAAUAUGUAUGAGUACGUGUAUGUUGUGACUUCGUUCGCGAAUGACUAUAAAUUCAAGAGUGCCAGCCUUGGGAUUCUGAGCUCAGCCAAUUAAAGGGUGGACUAUGAAGCUCCACAAGCUGAUUUAGAAUUGCUACUUUGGUGCAUAGUUAAUUCUAGUACCUUAGUUACAAAGAAAAGAAAGAAAAAGAGCUCAGCUAUUGAAAGGAAAAAGAAAAGUAAAUAGUACUCUGUUAAAAUCCCAAAAAAUAUUCCUAGUUAAGUUUAAUUACAUUGAUAUGUUAUGAUCCGAGUGAAGUGUAAAAGAUGGGUUAAUGAGGUGCAAAGAUGUGCAUUUCUUGAAAGGGAAUUGAACGACAAGAAAUUGGAUGAUUGUGAAGAGAACAUUGUUUGUGAUUCUGGUCAAAAGAUGACCUUGUGCAUUAAUAAUCUAUAUCAUUCAUACUUAUUGUGA